AUGCAGAGCACUUUACUUUUCGUGAUCACUACGCUCGCAGUGGCCGUUUCCGGCCAAAAUUUGGCUCCCGUAACGACAGAGGCAUUGCAAUCGCUCAUCUCCCUUGAUGUACUUCUAGCCGGGGCGAAGCAGCUACAGAGCUUUGCCGACGCCCAUCCUGGAGGGAACCGGGUUUUUGGCAGUCCUGGACACAACGACACGGUCAAUUUCCUGUACGAAACGCUUGCAGCGACUGGUUACUAUGAUGUGGAGUAUCAGGAAUUUGUCGAACUCUUCUCAGGUGGCAAUGCCUCCCUGUCAACAAAUGGCGAAGAGGAAGAGGCGAAUCUAUUGACAUACACCCCGAGCGGUUCGGCAAGUGCGCCGCUUGUGGCUGCUCAAAACCUCGGGUGCCUGCCUGAAGAUUUCCCUCCUGAGGUUGCGGAUUGUGUGGUCCUCAUUUCUCGUGGUGAGUGUACGUUUGCAGAGAAGGCUACCAACGCCGCAAGCGCGGGCGCGGUAGGGGCGGUCGUGUAUAACAAUGUUGAGGGUCCUUUGGCCGGCACCCUGGGAGGUGUUGGUGACUAUACUCCCACAGUCGGCAUCACCCAAGCGGCGGGAGAGGCACUUCUCGCAUUGCUUGAAGCAGGUACAAAUGUCACAGCAGAUCUCCAAGUCAACUCCAUUCUGGAGAAUCGGACUACAUACAACGUUAUUGCGGAAACCAAAGGUGGCGAUCACGACAAUGUCAUCGCUCUGGGAGCUCAUACCGACUCGGUGGAACAGGGUCCAGGCAUCAAUGACGACGGCUCAGGCACCAUCGGCAUCCUUCAUGUUGCCGUUGCACUGUCAAACUUCACAGUCACCAACGCUGUUCGCUUCUGCUUUUGGAGUGCGGAGGAGUUUGGGCUACUUGGAUCGACAUACUACGUGAGCCAGCUAAACCAGACCGCAAGCGAGAUAGCAAAGAUUCGAGCAUACCUGAACUUCGACAUGAUUGCAUCGCCCAACUACGUGUAUGCAAUCUAUGAUGGAGACGGGAGCAGCUUCAAUCUGUCUGGGCCCCCCGGAUCCGCCGAAAUCGAAUAUGACUUCCAAGGAUUCUACAUUGCCAAAGGUGUCAAUUACACGUCGACCGCGUUCGAUGGACGAUCCGACUACGGGCCAUUCCUUGAAAACAACAUCCCUGCAGGCGGUCUGUUCACCGGUGCGGAGGAAGUCAAGACCGAAGAAGAGGCGGUUGCAUUCGGCGGCACCGCAGAUGUCGCUUACGAUGAAAACUACCAUCAGGCCGGAGACACGAUUGACAACCUAAACAGUGAGGCGUUCUUGCUCAACACACAAAGCAUCGCCAACUCGAUCGCCUUGUAUGCAACUGGUGGAGGGCUGGACAGGAUACCCUUGGUCACACCCCCGAGUGUUAAAAGGCACUGGCAGCCAUCGGGGAGAAAGACCAAGCGGGAAUUGGCGCAUGCUGGACAUUCUCAUUGUAACUCCAGAGACACCCCAGCUGUCUGA